AUAUUCCUGCAUAUUUGUUCCUUUCUAGAUGGGUCGACGCUGGUACACGCUUUGAGCUUAGUGUGCGAACGGUUCUACCUGAUUUUAAAAGAUGCAAACUCACUGUGGAAAGCGCGAAUUAACCACAUGUGGCCGGAUGCUAGCUGGCUCUUAUGUCCCGCGAGACCCGACAAACGGAGUUGGAUGUUGUCAUACGUUGCAAUCAAACAACAAACAGCACUAUGGAAACAGCAAGAGUCUAGAAAGAAGAGAUUGUUCAUCAAGAAAAUGCCUGCGGAUGAGAUUGACGCUGUGUUACUGAUGCACGUAAAUGGAAUCUCUCAUGUAGUUUGUACGUCAAAACGAGACUUACUUUACAAGAAACUUCCCUCACGCAAAAUAUUAUCUCACAAAAUCAAGAAUUUCGCCCGCAUCAAAUUCGCACAUGACACAUGUAUCGAGGAAAUGACGGCGAUAGACAACACGAUCUACAGUUGCGGUGCUGAUAAUACGGUCAAGUCGUGGGAACUCACGAACACUGGUCUUCUCUGGAAGAGUACUUACAAUUUACAGAGGAGCGACAGAUUAGAUUCGAUAUUAUGUUGCAUAUCAUCGUGUCCGAAGAGUAAUCUCUUUGCGACCGGCUCAUCCUGCGGGACUGUGUACGUGUUCGACUCGAGAUCGAGAAAUAACCCGAUCAAGCAUUACCGACCUUGCCCUAGAGUCGUGAUUAACCUGGCCAUGAACACACAAUACAUCGUGUCCGCCAACGAGGACAAGACGGUAUCCGUUUGGGAUCAAAGAGCCGGACGGGUCAUAAAGUCUACCACAAUUCCAGGUGAAGCGCUCGGUACGUGCAUGAAUAUGCGACGAGAUUGGGUUUUUAUCGGCGACAGGGACGCGAAGUUGCACAUACUAAAUCUAAAUAACGAUUUUGAGCUAGUGAAAUCUUAUUCCACCGAGCAUACGGACAUGAUAACGGGAGUGCGUCUGACGCACGAAUGCCUGAUAACAAGUUCCAGGGAUGGCACUGUCAGAAUUUCGAGCCUUACGGAUCCGCCACAGCCCAUCGCUACUUUAUGUUCAGAGAUGAGAUAUAUCUUCGAA